UUAUGUGUUUAAACAAAUAAAUAAAUACAGAAAGGAAUAUAUUUAUCCACCUUUCUGAUAUCAUGAUGUAAAUACUUUGGCAUAUACAAGUUUGUAACUUCAUAAAUGACUAGAAUUGGAAUUUAAGUACCUAAAUUUCAAUUCUAAUGAAGAAAAGUUUUUUUUCCAGGUAAAGAAGUUGAAAAUCUUGAAAUAUGAGUUGUCAAGCUUAUUGGAAUGAUUUAAUCACCUAACAGAUAUCGAUCAUUAAUAAUUUUUUCUGAUUAAAUUGUCUGACGAGAAAUCGGUUUUACAAGAUCUUUUAAAAGAAGGAAAAAAAGUUUGUAUUUGGAGCCUACUUUAGUCAUUUGAUAUCGACUUUUUUUAUAAAAUCAAAUUAGAUCUAUGGUGUUGUUUGUUUUAAGAUGGAGAAAUUUAUUUGAUCCAAUGCAUACUGGCUACAUAACACUAACAAAGUUUUGCGAUGUACUAGGAGUAAAAAUGGAAGACGCUCGAAAGGCUAAGGAUGAAUUUAAAAAACGAUCGGCUAACACACUUACAUCCGAUAUCUAUAUUAUUGCACACCAAAUGAGUAUCACUGAUCAGAUAAAAAUAAGUGAACAAGCUAGAUGUUUGUUGUUUCCACCUAAUGAUCUUGAUAAUAAAGAAAUUGCUCAUAAUUUAAAAUUAUGGCUACAUAAAAUGUAUGGUCCAAUAUGGCAUGUUGUGGUAAUACGUGGGGAUUAUGGUGCAUCAUAUACUCAUUCGGAGAACCGAUCAUUUCAAUUUCGAUUACGAGAUAAAUGCUUUUUAAUAUGGUGUACACCUGGUCAAUAUCAAUUAUGUUAA